AUCCCUUUGUCCCUCUCCUAGUCUCUGUCGCUGCGAACAGAUCCUGGACAGGAAUCAUAUUUUCAACCCAACUAUGAGAAGCAACCGAGAACGUCGGCGAUUGCCGACUCACCGAAUACCUCACUGCAAAAAAACCGUCAUCAACUCGACUCGACUUGCCGUCGCUUAAUAGUCACUGCGGAGUGCAUAUGGAGUGGAUUUCCGGCAAAUAAUAAACAAAGUCUUUCCAGCCAUGACGUCGUUGAUUGUCAAACUAGCUGCGAUUGUGCAGAGCGGUCGAGGAAUUGAUAUAACCCUGACUUCAUUUCAUCCUUUCUUGGAUGGCACUUGUUUUCGGGGGAGGUAACUAGCCCAUUUGUGAAUGGAAAUGAUCGUAAAACGAUUUCAAAUCGCAGAUGAACAUCCGAAAGUUGGAUUCCGCCUAUUUCCAAGUCGACAAAGUUUUCCUCGUGAGGGGAUUGGCCAUGCUGAAAGUUUUUGAAGAAGUUGAACAAUUCGCAUGCUACGGAGUACAGAUUCCCGUUUUUGCUAACCCAGUCUCCAUAGUUAAGCACGGGGAUAUGCCAGCAUGGACACAUGAAAUUCUUAUGAGUGUUGUGGGUAUUAAAGCUGCCGAUGUUGACUCAUGUGCGAGGAAAAGCAGAAGCAAAGCGAGAAAGAUUUGGCGAGAGAGAGUCCUUUUUCUUGUUCAUAUUCUUUAAAGAAUGAUCACUUUUCGCACUUUGGG